CCUACAUCGAUCAGCUUUCAAUACUCUAGAAAGACUAGAGCGACUGUACGACCAGCAGUCUUGUAGCGAAUGGCCACUAUAUGAGCAUACUUGGCUGAAGAUGUGGAGAGAAUUACAGCUUGACUGGACGAAGCACACAGAACGAGAAGUCAAGAUAGGGCUUACAGAGCUUAUGGGAACAGCUUGGUUUAGGAGGGUCUGGAUAUCGCAAGAGGUGGCAAACGCGACGGAAGCGAUCGUUUGUGCUGGAGACAACGUUGCCAGCUCACAUAUAUUCGCUGCGGCGCCGAUCAUGAGGGAUAUAAAACCAAGUCCACUCUGCCAAGCUGUUCUCGAUAACAUGCCCUGUCCUCUGAGGAACGUUACCUGGUGGAGCCUUCAGCCUGACCUCCUUACUCUUCUCCGAAAAUUUGGAAACAGUGAAGCCAGUGAUCCUCGAGACAACAUAUACGCUUUACUCGGGAUAUCUUCCGAUGGUGUAAAAGCAUUAGUACUGCAACCGGGCUAUACUAAACUAGCGCGUCAACUUGUUCAUGUUGCGUCCACGCUCAUUUCCGGGAGCAUAGCUGAGGCGCCUUCGCCAUUCCCCGACAUGACAUCAUUAUUGCGCAGCACUAUGUACUUACCCUACGCUAUUAUCGAUAUGAUCGCUGAGACAGACUCGGUCGUCCAAUGACAAGUUUUGCUCGGAGUGACAAUUAGGGCUUGAUGGUAUGGCCGGAAGACGAUCAUCUCAUAUAUCGCGAUCAGUGUCAACUAGACAUGUUACGAUUGAAACCGACGCGGCUUUCGAGAUUAUAGUAUCAUUCUUAAAGACGGCUGCGACAAUUAGGCCAAUAGA